AUUUUCUGAAGAGGACACUACAGGAGAACUCUGAUAAUUCAAGCAAAUUUACGCUCACUGAAUGAAACGUGGACAAGAGCAACAUUUUUAGAAGUCCUACAAGCCUGCCCUUUAAAGCACUCUGAUCAAGCAGCUGAACAGAGCAUCGGUGCAUUUGAUACUAUGCUGUAAAGUUUUGGCUAAAGUCAUCAAACAGUGGCAAGUGUUUUGCUCCCCAAAGAUAAACGGUAGUUUAAUCUCAAAAAGUGCCAGACAAAAUGUUCCUUUGGUUCUUCUCAUUAAUUUUUCUGCUCUCCAACUUUCCCCUAUGCACCAGCCGGGUUCAGAAAGCACCCCGGAGAAGGGGGGCUGCAGGAGGGGCAAACCUUUCCAAGCUCGUCACCUGCUGCGAUGAGCUGAAAGAAGUGAAGAUUCAGGUGGCGAAUCUGACAGGCCUUCUGGCCGAACUAAGUAGGAAACAGGAGACGGAUUGGAUAAAUGUUGUCAUGCAGAUGAUGGAAGUGGAGAAUAGCUGUCGUCAGAUUGAAUCCCGCAUUACAGAAGCUGAAGGGAAAUACUCCGAAGUGAACAACCGGAUCGACAUUAUUCAGCUUCAGGCUGCUCAAACAGUUACACAGACAUCGGCAGAUGCCUUGUAUGACUGCAGUACAUUAUACCAAAAAAAUUAUCGUAUAUCUGGUGUGUAUAAACUGCCUGCAGAUGAGUUCCUGGGAACUCCUGAACUAGAGGUGUACUGCGACAUGGACACAGAUGGUGGUGGCUGGACUGUUAUACAACGUCGCAAGUCUGGUCUCAGUUCUUUUAAUCGUGACUGGAAGCAAUACAAAAAAGGAUUUGGGAACAUCCGUGGGGACUUCUGGUUGGGAAAUGAACAUAUUUUUCGAUUAACCAGACAGCCAAGUGUCCUCAGGAUUGACAUGGAGGAUUGGGAAGGACAGACUCGUUAUGCAGAAUACAGCUACUUUUCAAUAAGCAAUGAAGUAAACAGCUAUAAAUUAAUUAUUGGAAAGUAUAAUGGGACAGCUGGCCGGGACUCUCUCAGGUACCACAACAACACAGCUUUCAGCACAAAGGACAAAGACAAUGACAAAUGUGUGGACAACUGUGUACAAUUCCGUAAAGGUGGCUAUUGGUACAACUGUUGCACAGAUUCCAAUCUGAAUGGAGUCUACUAUCGUCAAGGGCAGCACACCUACCACUCUGAUGGCAUUACAUGGUACGGCUGGCAUGGUUCAAGUUACUCACUUAAGUACGUUGAAAUGAAGAUUCGCCCACAAAACUUCAGACCCUAAAGGCAACAACGUGUCUGUGACUUCAGUAAUGAGAAAGUUAACAGUAACUGUUUAUUGAAGGAUUUUUCUAUGCAGAAUUUUGGCUAUCUUUCCAAACAAUUCUUUGUCCCUCUAAUAAUUACUCAUAGACAGUCAAAAAUCCAAAGAGUCUUAAUAUAAUGAUGAAAAGUAGAAGAACCCACAACAUAUUUUGGAAAUUAAGUGUAUAUAUUUUCAAAUAUGACUACACUAAUGACACUGUAGUCUUCAGUAGAAUAAAAGGACACAAAAAACACAAGAAUUUAUUUCACAAUCAGGAAAAUAUCUAUGCUGCUCCAAAGUUUUUUUUAAAAAAGAUUCAAAAUUAUCUUAGUCUUUUUUCCCCAAUAGUAUACAUCAACAACAUGAAAUACUUUGUUCUGCCUCUCCUGCAACCCAAACUCACAUGUACACAUCAACUGACAACUGUUUCAGUCGUGUUUUAUGAGAAGUUAUUUUAGUCUUUUGUGUCAAUUAGUUCAUCAAGUUUGAACUAGGCAAGGUAUUUACUCUUUUAAAGAUGCUCUAUAAAUGCAAGUUGUUAUUGUUGUUUUUGGUGGGGAUUGAACUGACCAAAUGCUACUCCAUUUCUUCUAUUUGCUGAAUCAAACUUGCAUCAGAAAACUAAUAUUCUGAAAGUUCCAAUUAAAGAAGUGUCUAUUUAGUAUGUUCAUGAAGAAGCCAUAUGUAACAAUAAAACGCAGUUCUUAAAACUAGUUUUAAUUUCCUAAAAAGUAAUACUAGGUGGUGAAACCAGUUGUUAUUUUAUUAGUAGUCUAUUUUCUUCAUGAUAUACUUUAGUUAUUUCUUGAGAUGAGACAUAUAUAGCUGUGUGUGCAUAAACACUUAAAUAACUUCACUAGAUAAUCCCUAUUCCUCUAUUUCUCAAAUUGCCAACAUCUGUACAAGAAUAUAAUUAGGUACACAUUUGAAAAAAUAGCUUAAUGGCAUAUAAUUAAGCCUAUAGAUCAAAAUCAUCACAUGCUCUGAGAUCCACUUCCUUCCUACCUGGUCUAUUUACAUAUGCUCUUCCCAGUUUGAUGUCAACACAGAGACAAGCUCACCACCACAUUCUUGGUUUCUUGGGAAACAGAUCUAUAACCGGAGGAAACUGCGGUUGGAUCAGGGGAGACACAAUUGGAAUCUAAAUAUAUGGGAAAGAGGUGGGGCAAGAAUUCCCUUCAAAUUAAUUUUUAUGACCAGUAUUUGCACAGUUUUUGUAACUUCUAACCUUCCUUUCUACAGCUUAUGUAGUCAAAAAAGUGAAAGAAUCUAUAAAUUAACAACCU